UGUAUGGAUGAUUGACACACUAGUUGCAUACAUUGAGUAUGAAUUUGCGAUAUAAAAGAAAAAGAGGAAAUGGUCACAGGUUUUGCACAUCAUUUGAAUUCUGCUGAACAAGAAUGACGCAGUUGCCACAAUGAAGUACAGUUACCUAUCAGCCAUAGUGCUGAUAAGCUUGCUGGUGAGCCAUUCCGUGGCACAGACGACAUUGUCGUUGACCAAUACGGGUAUCCUUGGCACCGCUUUAGGACUGGGUGCCUUAUACUAUUUAUAUGAACAGAACAACAGACUACCUCCGUUUCCUCCAAUACCUCCUCGGCCGCAAUUAUAUGGACCAAGCUGGGGCCCUAAUCCUUUUUGGCGGCCACCAUUUCCUCCUCCUCCUCCUCCUCCUCCUCCUCCUCCAACACCACCACUACCAAGAUUAAAUGCCGCCAGAUAUGGUCCAAUUCUAGGUGGAUAAGACUCUGACGUUUCACAGAUGAUUCAGAUUUACACCAACGGGACAUGGAUACAGGACACGUAAAAAUGAAACAGAAAUGAUGACUCUAAUAUCAGCUACGUUGUUAACAUUUUUUACCAAUAAAUAAAAAUGAACCCUUUUUUUUAAAAAUCACAGUUGAUAUGCGAUGAAGUACUUUCAUAUUAUAUAACAAAACCAAAAGUACUUAAGAGUACCCAUUGGUCAAUAUUGCUUGAUAAUAAAUGGAGCUGUGUUAACUUUUUUAUAAUACUUUUAUAAAAUCAAUUAGUGGGAAAUUGGAGCUAUGUUAACUUUUUUAUAAUACUUUUAUAAAAUCAAUUAGUGGGAAAUUGUGUAAAGGGUAAUUUGGGUAAAGGUCAGAUAGGAAAAGAAGAUGAAAGUGAGAUUUGUAAACAGAAGAAAGGAAACAACUUCAUAUUUCUGGCUACUAUAUAAAAGUAAUAAAAGGAAAGCGUAUCAACCGAAGAAUGAAAACAAUUUAAGAUUUCUUGCUACUGUAUAAAAGUAGUAAAAGUAAGAUUUGUAAACAAAGAAAUCAGAUCGACAUUUCUUACUAGUGUAUGUUGCUCUAUUAUCAUAGAUCUCAUUCCUGGGUUUGAUACGUUUGGUCCUCAUCACAGACGAGUUCAAGUUGGACACAACACAUGAAGCCUAAUUCUCCGACACAUUCUGUAUCCAUUACUGAAUGCAUGCAUGUUUUUCUUUUCAACUAUCCUUUCAGAAUUGAAGCUCUUUAAUAAAUAACAAUUUCUCACUUCGUCACUUUGUCACCAGAGGUCUGAGUUCAAUCCCUAGCGGAGACUGUAAUUUACAUUCGCACUGUUAAAAUAUAAAAGCAAUUCAUGAGAGUACUUUCUUCGGUAUGUUUUUGCUCUACACAUUUCCACCAAUCAUGAUGUCCUAAUGUCACUCGGAUAACACAGUGGAUGUUUGGGAAAAGUGCUACCCGUCAGAAUAAUAUGGCUAUAUUUAUUUUACAGUCUCCACAAUAGCGUAAUUACUGUGGCAGUUAAAUUCUAAAAGAUGUAUAAACCAAUAGAAAGCAAUAAAUAAAACGAGCAUUGAAGGCG